AUGGAUCAAAUGACCGUCAUUCAAAGGGAGGCCUGCUGUGCGAACGGCUACGGAGCCUUCUGUGCCACAACGCCAAAAGCACCGGUGAUCAUUCACGACAAGCCCCUCCCUCGGCGCGUGCGAUGCUACGGCAACUGGAAGACACAGUGGUCGCACGAGCAUCAGCGAUACUGCUGCUACAAGUUCAAAGAGUCUUGCGUGACCAAGGUUCAGUACCGGAAUCUCGGCUCCGAAGUCGUUCGCAAGGGGAACCAUUACAAGACUAUCACGCGGGUUCAUCAUGUGACGGUGCCUGAGAAAGUCGUCGUGCCGGAUCCAAGCCCCGUCAUCAAGAUCAAGACUGCUGGGCCACCUCGCGUCGUGAAGCACUACGUCACAAAGAAGCACUAUGUGCCCGAGCCCGUUCCGUCGCCGCCGACGUACCACUACAAGCCUGUUCCCGUUACUGUGCAUGUACCAGGGAAGGUCGUCCACGUGCCAGUUCCCAUGCCGGCCAAGACGAUCUACAAGGAGAUUCCAAUCACAAAAGUUCAGCAUGUGAUUCAGAAGCGCUACUACGACUGCGUUGCUGGAAUCAAGAACUGGCAUUACGGCUGGUCCAAGACGAAGAAAAGCUGGUGCUGCUCCCACGAGCAGAAGGGCUGUCCUGGAACAUGGCAAGGGGAUGGGUUGACGAAGACGAUUGUGACAGGGGUGACCCAACACAUUGGCCAUGGCCACGUGGGCCACGUGCACGUCAUCCACCAUGUGCAUCAUUACUCAACGAGCAGCCAUGACAUCGACGACCUGCCAGACGUCAUCGGAGAUGACGAUGCCUCGCUGCCGCCCGAGUAUCGGCACGGUGACAUGAGCGUUGGUGGCGAGGACGAGUCAUUGCCACCCGAGUAUCGGGAUGGUGACAUGAGUAUUGCCGAUGCUGAUGGGUCACUGCCACCCGAAUAUCGGCAAGGCGACAUCAGCAUUGGUAGCGACGAGGAGUCACUGCCGUCCGAAUAUCGGCACGGUGACUUGACUCUUGGUGGCGACGAGGAGUCACUGCCGCCUGAGUAUCGUGACGGCGACAGCAUGGGCGGCGACGACGAUGGCGCUCCGCCCCCAAGGAAGCUAUCUGCCGUCUUGCGUGGACGCCAAGCACGUAGAGGACAGGGUCAGCGUGUGAGACAGGAAGACGGCAGGUCGCACAGGACUCACAACACGACCUUCUCAACCUUUUAUGUGGAAGGAGCCUGA